UUGUUCCUCCGGAUGUAAACAAACUCCUUGACAAGUGUGGCUGGGGGCAGGUGUGUUGUCUGUGUCCGGCCCACGUCACGACACCUGUGUGGCCAGGGAGGGGCUGUGGCAGGGGAGGGAGAGAAUAGGAAGGCGAUCCCUAAUUGGAACAGAUCAUCAGGACAACUAAGGACCAUCUCAACACACAUGGUGCUGCAGAUCACUUAUCCAAGACCCUCAUUCCUUCAACUUUGGCCUGGCAGACAUUCCUUGCCACUCUUCAGCCUUCAGCCAGGAAGACACAUCAGAAUAACACCAACUAAAUGAAGCCAACCUCUUCACUUAGAAAUAACCAAUUGACGUUUUCUUCUGGUUACCUUAAUGAGUUUUGGGUUAUUGUCUGGCCAUGUCAAACUUUAUACUCAUUAGUAUUGAGGAAUAUGUAAAUGAAUAUCUCAUUCAAUUAUGUAGCUUCCCCUGCCUGACUAAUAUUUCCUGACAGAAACUGCAAGAUUUUAAUUCAUCCAGAGCCUCAUAACCCUAACCUAUUAUUCAUUUAAGAUUAUCAACAAACUGGCCUGUAAAAUGAACAUGCACUAUUAUGCUAGUAUUGCAAUUUGUGUUAUAUUAUGUGUAUCUAUAGCCAAGGAGUAUGUAGUGGGUGUAGCACAAGAAACCAAAUCAACUGAAGAGAGGCAGCAGCAUGAGGAACAUAUUGGAGGAUACCUGAAAGCACAAGCAAACUGGGGUGAAUAUGAAGACUAUAAUGAGGAAGACGCCCAAGACUGCCGUGAGGAUCUGGACAUGCCCAUCAUUGUUUGGUGGACGCCCUUUACGGGCGUCCAUGGCCUCCCUCGCCACUGUACCAUGGGGAGCUGCUGCCUCACACAAGAUCGAAGUCAACUUCUUCGUUCUACUGCCAAAGUGGCCCUCUUCUAUGGAACUGACUUCAAUCCCACUGACCUUCCUUUGCCUCGUAGGAAUGAUAUUUGGUGGGGACUAUUGCAUGAGGAGUCACCAAAAAAUCGACCGAUUUUGAAUCACCUUCCUGUUGUGCAAGCAUUUAAUCUUACUGGAACUUUUAAGAGGGAGAGUGACUUUCCUCUAACUCUCCAAUUUCUUCCUUCAAUUGAUUCUCUUACCUCUAAGAAAGAGUUUGUUACCACCAAGAGGAAAAGUAAGUUUCUGAAAGAAUACUUAAAUUCUUCAAAAAGAGGAAAUGUGCAAAAUGGUAAAACAAAAGAGAGAACACACAGUAUGGAAAAUGAAAAACAGAAAAAGGAUAAUGCAUAUCAAAAUGAAGAUGCAAGUAAAAUAAACAAAGAGCCAGUGACUGAUGGAAGUAACGGUGACAAAUCAUUCAAGAAUAUUGCUCCAAUCGUUUAUAUUCAUUCUGACUGUGAUUCACCAUCAGAACGAGAUGAAUACAUGGCCGAGCUUUCUAGGUACAUCAAAAUAGAUUCCUUGGGCAAUUGUCUCAACACAAGGCCACUACCACCUCCCCUUGAAGAUGCUUCUUAUUUUGACCAUAAAGAUUUUAGGCACAUCUUAGCCAGAUACAAGUUCACUCUCACAAUAGAAAAUUAUGGAUGUGACGAUUACAUUACUGAGAAAUUCUGGCGUCCAUUGAUUGUAGGAUCUGUACCAGUGUAUUGGGGAUCACCAAAAAUAGAUGACUGGGCACCAAAUCCCAAAUCAGUCAUUAAAAUCUCCGAUUUUGCUACUCCUAAGGACUUAGCAGAUUACUUGCACACAUUACUGAGAAAUGACUCCUUGUAUGAAACACAUCUGACACACAAAAUUCAUGGAGAAAUUACAAACUCAAAGCUGAUUUCUGCAAUUGAUGAACGCCAGUGGGGUUUAGAUGACUUAGACAAAGGUAGUUUCAUAGACCAUUUUGAAUGUUACGUCUGUGAUCAAAUAUAUUAUCACCAUCCACAUUUAACCAGCAAAACAGUGUACACACCAAAAAUUGCAGAUGUUAGUCACAUUAAUUGCCCAGAACCAAAAACAGUGCUAACAAAUCAUGUAAAUGAAGACAGCUAUUGGUUAGAGGAGUAUGAGAAGUCCAAAACAGAGGCUGAGGUGUUGGGUGACUCUUUAAAGAAUAACAAAGUAGUAGGUGAAGAUGAAUUUUUUACCAAAGUGUUUGAAAGCUUGAGAGCCAAAGACUUCUUUAAGAGAUUUCCUUUCAGACACACACAUGAUGAGUUAUGAGCUUUAACUUUGAGUGUAAUGAGUCAUAGUUUAUGUGCCAAAUGGUCAUAGUUUAUGUGCCAAGUGUCAAUACUGUUGUCUUCUGUAAGUUAAUAAGAGUACGGUUAUUUUAUAAAUCAAUUUAUAUUUUUUUAUCUGUGCUUGUAAAAUGAAUAAUAAAAAAGCCUGUCUCUUAA